AAGUAUGCAAACUGUUAGCUGUUUUGCCGUGUUUUUGUUGUUUUUACAACUAGCUCAAGGUAAGCCCAGCUCUAAUGCAAUUGGCAUAGAGGGCGAUUAUGAUGUCGAGAUGAAUGAGUUUAUGGACUUAAUACCAGAUCCACAUGAACGAUUGCCCGAUGAUGUCGGACUACGAUCCGAUUUCUCUGAAGAGCCUGAAGCUGAUGAUAUCCUGGUUACUCUUCAGGAUGAUGAACACGCUGAAGCCCAGCACGGCAUGUGGAACAAAUGUGACAACGAUCUCAGUCAACCGAAGGGCAUAGGAAAAUUUCUCGAUUUACCAUUCCUUAAGAAGAUUGCAAAAAAUUUGAAUCCCUUUGCAAAUCGGCAACAACUUCGAAUGCAGUUCUAUUUGUUUAAACGGGAGUUUCCUCAAUGUGGACGAGAAAUGGAUUUUAUGAAUGAGAAAAAGUGGAGCCAAUCAGGGUAUAAUGCUUCUUUACCCACACGCAUUAUGAUACACGGUUGGAUGAGUCAAUCUCGUGGUUCCUUCAACAGGGACCUAAAGGACGCCUAUCUAAAACGGGGCGACUAUAACGUCAUAGUGACCGAUUGGAGCACUAAUUCUGCUAACAUUAACUACUUUUCAGUCGUAAAGCUAAUUGAAAGUUUUGGAGCUCAGCUAGUUCAAUUCACACGGGAGCUAAACCGCCAAUUCCAGGCCAACUACGAUGAUAUGUACCUGAUCGGCCAUUCUCUGGGUGCCCAGAUAGCCGGAGCGGCUGGAAAACGUCUCCAUCCUGAGCAGUAUAACACAAUUUUCGCAUUGGAUCCGGCAGGUCCGAAGUUCAGACAUCGCAGCACUGAGUUUCGCAUUGAUGCCACCGACGCCAAAUACGUCGAGUCCAUACACACUAGUGGCAACUUUGGUUUCCUUCGACCAACUGGCAGUGCCACCUUUUAUCCCAAUUAUGGAUUGUAUCAGCGCAGUUGCUACUAUCUGGGCUGUUCGCACAUUCGUUCCUAUCAGAUGUUUGCCGAGUCCAUUAAUUCCAUUCGCGGAUUCUGGGGUACCCCAUGCACACGAAACCAGAAUAAAUGGCAGUGCGACCAAAGUCAGAGGCAAUCUACACAAAUGGGUGGAGAGCCGUCGAUGCGAAAAAAUGGAAUUUACUACGUAAAAACGUCUUCCAGUGAUCCGUUUGCUCUAGGUAGAUAA